UUGUGUUAUCUGUGAUUCUUGGUGUUGUGACAAUGUUUUAUAGUUGCGUUAUUAGAUCGUAAUAUUGUACUAAUACUCUGACAAUUAAUGAAAAGUAAAUUCCUGUAGAAAAGACACGACACAAACUAAUGCUCAUAAAACUCGGAGACCUGUUGAAUAAUACCGCAAAAGACCUUUUAAACUCAACGUGCUGACAUGAUGACGUGGACUCCUGUUUUCUCGUGUUUCCUGGCAGUGUCACUGCUAGUGGCUCCCAGCUUAGCAACCGUCUGUCCCGAAAGCUGCGUUUGCAGUACUACUCGCGAUGGCUUACAUCGUGCCACGUGCAGUAACCUCGCCGAACUUUAUAAGUUCACCCUCCGCCAAAAGCACCAUAACAUUAAUAUUUUAGAUCUUUCCCACAACAAUAUUACGAAAUUGAAUCAUGAGUUGGAUCGGCUUACCGAAGUUGUCACGCUUGAUCUGUCUACCAAUGGUAUUCAGAACUUGAACAAAUUCUUACAUAAUGCCAAAAAAUUGGUGCACUUAAACUUAGCAAACAACAGGAUAAAAGAACUCGCCAUGUCGCAUUUACCGGCUAGUGUUAGCUCACUGGAUUUGACCAACAAUCUUUUAAGAGAUGUUCCUUCAGAUCUUGGGCAUUUGACAAGCUUGGAACAUUUGGAAUUAGAAGGAAACCCAUUAGACUGUUCUUGUGAAAAUAUUUUGCUUCGAGACCGAUUAAUUAUAGCAAACGUAGUGAUCGACAAUGUAAAAUGUUCUUUACCGACCAAACUAAAAGGUCAAUCUUGGCUCGAGUUAAAAACGAAAGAUAUUUGUAAAUCAGUAAAAACAGAACCUCAGUUCUUGGAUAUGAUGAUGGGGGAUCAACCUAUUGAUGCUGCACAAGUUGGUGAAGAAUCUAACGCAUUAAAAUCAAUGCCUCUAGUAGCAAAAAGUGAUUUAGAUGAUGGUAAAGUUAUACAGAGUGGAGAUGUUGGUGACGACGAUGAUAACCUUUUGUUUCUCAAAGUCGGACAGACUAAAACAGCUGCACCGUCAUCCUCAUUGAACGACAUAGAGGGUUCCGGAGAAGGGGAAAGCACUACAUUAUCUGAUUUUUUGAUAGAACCAAAAAUGAAUCCUAGAUUUCAUGCAGAUCUAUUUACUGCCGAUGAAAUCCUACCAGCUGAUAAUAUUCAAACCACUGAAGAUCCAAUAGAUGGAUCCGGAGAAGGUUCUGGAGCUAUUCCCUCGGACUUUGGUUCUGAUUUGUUUGAAGAAGAAACGACGACAGUUGUGUACGAAGAAUUAAACACGCAUCCUGUGCGCAGAAUUUUCGAAGAUGAUUUUAAUACAUCUACUACUGAGUAUCCCAUCCCUAAACCACCUGCAAUAUUUCAAGGGAAUGACGAUUGGGAUAACAAAGGCGAAUCGUCAAGCUCUACAGAAAAAACUACAUCAUCUACAGCCCGUGAUACUACCGUAUCUGAGCAAAUAAGAGUAACUGCGGUAUCAGAAGUUCUUGGACAGAGACCAGCUGAUAAAGACGAGACCCCUACUCCACAUAAAACCGGAACUUAUGUUUGCAUAGCCAUCAUUGUAAUGUUGCUUGUAAGUUUGAUAGGUUUUGCAAUAAUUAAAGGACAAAUGAGAAAAAGAAGAGACAGGAGACUAUUACGCCAACAAAAGAGAGACGUUGAAAAAGCUUCGAAGGAAAUGGUAGACAUGAACAAAUCUUUACUCGGUAAACCGGCUGUUAUUGAAAAUCCCAUAGAAAAGAAAGUGAAUGGUAAAUAUGAAUUGGUACCUACUCACGAACUGCACCAAAAGAAAAGCGAAAAUGGUGACGUUGCCAAUGGAAUUAACCACGCUGAAAAUAAUGAUCCAAAAACCGAGAGUCCUCGAGAUACAAAUCAAAAUAGGAGUAGUUCGAAAGAUAAUAAUCUUGCAAAGACUCCAUCGCAACAGGAAACUUCAUUCGAAUCAGCUCCGGCUUCUCCUGAUUCACGUAAAGACAACAAUUCACUGUCGAGUGAAGACUUAUUUGUACCGUUAAAUGACGAUGAAAACCCAAGAUUAAAUGGCACUAAUGACUCUGAUACGUCCCAGCCGCUUAUAAACGGAGAUCAAAAUACGGAUUCAGAUUUCUUAUCUCCGUCGCGUGAAUACGUGCCAGUAUAUUCGCCAGACAUGGGAAGGGUUCGCAUAAAGAUGACUGAGACACCGAAGCCCAAAACACCUGUUCUAGUCACCAGGAGUAGGUCGAACGCUGGAGACAUCAUAAUAACUCCAUCUGAAAAUUCAAACGCGCCUAAAUCGACCACUUGAAAUUGGGCAUUCCUGAGAGAACGUUUUAAACACAUUGUGGUGUGAAUGAGUGUCAAGGGACGAACAUUUUCACUAUUGGCAAAAUUCUGUGAUCGUUUUUGUGAGUUUCUAGAACGAUGUGCGAGUUUUAAGGACUGAUUUUCGGGAGAGCUAUGGUAUUUUGUCUAUGACUCUCCCUGCCAAAGUGUGUUUGUAGUCGACAGUGCCUUGAUCAUUAAAGUUAUUUAGUCGUAUAAAUUUAUAUUUAUGAGAGUAUAUUGCGUAUUAGUAAAAUCAUAUUUUUAUACGUGUAAACUGUUGCCAUGUUCAUGAUAAUUACAAAAGGUUUUGUUGGGAAUAAAUUCAUCUUAUCAUUUCGUUUGUUUAGUGGAACGAAGACCUAUGAUUACCAAUGCUUCAUGUCUGACAUACAAAAAAGAAUUCUUAUUGUUUUGAUAAUUUGAUAAAUUUUAACAUUUAAUUACGCAAAAUUAUAACGGUUGUGUACUUACUGUAUUCGCUGGUUUAACAGUAUCUAAAUUAUGUUCAAAUUUAUCAUGACACGUUAUAAAGUUGUGCAACUGCGUAUUGUCUUCGCAGCAUAGAGAUUCUUUCAUCGUGGUAUGGCUAAACAUAAGUUCCUUGUAAUUUAAAGAGCUUAGAAUUUAAGAAUGUGAUACCAUUUAUAUUAUUUAGCAUUCGAUCAAUUUCUAUGUAUGUGUUGUAUUAUAAUUUCAAUUCUCUUUAGUCUGUAUACGUCUAAAGUUUUUAAAUCUGAAUUUAUUUUAUGAUUAAGUUAUUGUUUAAAAUCGCUUUCGGACUAUUUUAGUUAUUCGUUGAUACUUUUAACUGUCGCCUCUUAAUUUAUAGAUAGAUUCAGUUGCUAUCAAAUUUCGUUUUCUCUAAAACAACUUAUGAGACCGAGAACAAUAAAUUAGGUGUAAGCAGAUUUUAUAAAUGUAGGUAUUUUAUUUUGAAAAUUUACGAUAUAAAUGGUUAAAAAAUCCAA